AAAGAAAGCUGCGCCGGGAGAGUUGAGUUCGGAUGGUGUUUGUUGUAGAGUUUGGAUUUUAGUAGUAGCGCAAUCGUCGCGCGAGUAGUUCAAAUGCGCUCGAUGGAUGCGGGUUUGCGUGAGUAAGCGCGCUUUUCGAAUACGAAUAUAAAUCGAGUUUCGGUGGGGUUUUUCACGGAUAUUUUUUUGUCUAUAGUGACCGGGAUAUCAGUGAGUGCCGAACGGAUUAAUUUCCUUCGUGGAUUUGUCAAAAUGAUGAAACACGUGCAGCUUUCUCCUUACAGGAGCAGAGCUGACACGGUGUCUCUCAGUUCGACAGUAUCCUACGGGAGCCUGAGUCCUGAGCCGUUGGGGAGCAGGUCCUCGAGCUAUUCCUCUUUGAAUGAUUCUGUACAGACUACAAUAAAAGUGUACGCCCGAUGCCUGCGACCUGACAUAGAGUACAAAACGCUCAGUAUUACGUUUCAAACGACCUGCAAGGAAGUUGUGGCCACUCUACUGAGCAAAUACAAAAUGAAGCACCGCGACCCGAAGCUCUUCUACCUAUCCAUGGAGGUCACGGUGCGAAAAGCCGGCGUUAAAACUCACUUGGCCCUCGACGAAGAAGCCAGACCGGCCGUGCUGCAAAGCUGCCAUCCCAAAGGCGAUUCAAAAUUUUCCCUGCAAACGCGCCGCGGCGGUCUGGUGAAAGUGCACGAUUCGGCGUUGAACAGCAACUCCAAGUACAAAUCGCUGCUGAUCAGCGCCCGCACCACCGCCGACGAGGUCAUCUCGCUGUUGCUCACCUGCAGCAACAGCAAGGACCGCGUCGAACAGUUCUCCAUCUACGAGGUGAACAACGACAGGGAGCAGCAGCGCAAGCUCCACCCCGACGACAGGCCGCUGCAGGUCCAGCAGACCUGGCUGCCCAGCCACCAGUGCCACUUCCUGCUGAGGAGGAAUCCCGACUAUCUACCUCUAUCCAGACGAAAGGUGUUUUGGUUGUCCGAUUUGCCUCCUCUGCCGGUGUCGACGACGUUCCGGCGUUCGCAGCCGCUGCAGGUGCCCCAUCGGGCGGGGAACGCGGCCUGCAAGAGCGCCAGCGCGGCGGCGGCGCUGGGGAAGCCGGCGCAGCAGGCGCCGGCGAAGCAGGAGGCGCUGGACGAGCUGGGGCAGCGCGAGAAGGCGCUGCAGAAGGACCUGACGGCGGUGAUGAACCGGUUUUCGAACCUGAAGAUUUGGAACAGCAGCUCGCAGCUGUCGAAGGCGGACGACGGGCAGUCGUACGCCGAUUACGAGAAUUAUUUUUAUAUUUAGUUCGUAAGGCGUUAGGUUGUAAUGGUGUAGUUGAGGAGUUUUUUUUUGUAUAUAUUGACGUGUGUUAUCUAGUUUUUCUUGUUGUUUUUUUUUAAUGUGAUAUGUCACUUUAGCGCAUGUUUUAUUUCAAGCCAAAGAGUGUUUAGCAGCGUUUUAUUAUUUUAAGAAAAGUCUUGUUUUUUUUUUGAGAUUAGGUGUUGUAUAUAUUUCUUUUUUGUUAUGAAAUUUUAGUUCUACUACGGGUGUCUUAAUAGCCCUCAUUAAUUGUUUACUACUUGUAACGGGUCAUCAUUUAUACAGUGUGGAUCUUUAUAGUAUAGGCAGCUGUAAAAUACGAAAUUAAUUCUUGACAUAUUUACAAGUAGUAUACAGGAUGACUACGAAAAAUACAGGGUGAGGCAUAAUAGAGAGGUGGAUUAAAAAAAUCUAUUAUGCCUCACUUAAUCAUCCAUAUUCGAACGUUACCAUAAUAGAAUUGCUUAUUAUUUAUCUAUACAAAUGUAAAUUAUUUUUCCUAUUAUUUUACUAAUUUACUCAAUUAUCCUGUAAUUGCUCUCUUCUUUAUAUUUUUAUGUCUCAAGGUUUUUGUCCUCAAAUCAAGUAUUUGCUAGUAAACUGCUGCUAGAAUUAUAUAUUAUAUAAGAUAUAAGAUAAUUC